AUGGAGUCUAUGGUAAAUAACCUGUGGUCGUCGUGGGACACAUUGUCGCAGGCCACGGCAAGCACGGGCGGCGACAUGGACGCUGCCUCGGUGGCUUCGAAACAGAGCCCUCAGGAGUCCAAGAUGGCGGCCAGCAGCAUGAUUUGGUCGUCGUUUUCGGAGCCGCAGAAGACCCCGCCGACCAAGCGGGCAUCCAGCUCGUUCUUUGACGACAUGUUUACCUCGUCCAAAGACCAUUCGACCACGUUGACCGAUAAAAUGUUCGAGCGAUUCUUGUCUAUGGCCCUGCCUACCACGACUACUCAGGACGGGGAGGAGCUACAAUCGAUUUUAGAGAGAAUAGAGAUGCAGAAGUCGCGUCCACAGUUGAGUCUGAAUGUCAUGAGCAAGAAUGCGAUCCAGCUCCUGUCUCGGCUGUCUGUUCCGUUUGUGCUGAUUGACCAGGUGAUUAUUAUUUUCAGCUGGUCCAAGCCUCUUUACACUCUAACGUUUUUAAAUGUCGCCACGCUGCUGAUCCUGAAGCCGAUCUUGCUCUUGAGCCUGCCGUUCUUCUACACCUGUUUCGAGAUCAUUGUUCCCGCUUACAUGAAAAGACAUCCGCCCGACAAGCACACCAUUCUUCAGAACAGGAACCCGAUUCCGGCGGAGGGACCGUCUGUUUCGCACGUCGACGUGCCGCGGCCAGUUCCUGAGCUGAGUCGCGAGUUUGUUCUGAACUCUACAGACCUGCAAAACCACAUGCUACUCUACGUUAUGAGCUAUGACUUUGUGACGUCGCUGAUUGUCAAAUAUCUAUAUUUCAAGGACGAGAACAUCACUAUUUUUAUUUUCGUCGCUUUAUUGACCAGCGGUACUCUACUGACCUUGUUUGGUGCACAGGUACUGUCCGCAAUGCUACCCUUCAUCAAGGUGACGCUGUCAGUAGGUCUGUGGGCUGCCACCAUCGCCAUGCACCCCAACUACCGGUCCACUUUGCUGGAUAUGCUCUACUCGGAGGAUACCCGUUUACGGCUUCUGAUGAUGUCGAACCGUCUGGAGCUGUGGCUCAACAAGGAGCUGAAUCUGCGCGAGCAGAAGGAGGUCAAGGAGACAGAGAUUUUUGAGCUCCAGCAUCUGGACCCGGAGACGCACAAUUGGCAGCUCAUUUGUUUUUCGUCCGACCCGUAUCCGGCAAACUCGCACGCUCGGCUCAAUAAUCUGCCGCUUCUGGGCACGCUGCACUUGAGCCAGGUCAAGCCGCCCGAGGGAUGGAAGUUUGUGGACGUGGAGACGGCAGUCAACACGAGGAGUGUCGAUGGCUGGCUGCUAGAUCUGACCCCCGAGGGGUGGAUCAAAGAAAACUUCUUGAACGAGACCAUGGACAUUGACGAGGACGAGAAAUGGUGCUACGAUUUAGUGACCAAGUUCUCGUACCAGGCAGGACUGACUACCAACGAAAAGAAAACCAGAGGAGAGGUGAGAAGACGGCGUUGGAUAAGGUACUGUGUUCGGGAUAUUUGGGAUGAAGAUGACCAGAUGGAGGAGACGGUGGCGCACAGGCGCAACAAAAGCAUGGAGUCGUCGAACAGCUUGCAUCCGGUGAAAUCGAUCGAUUCUGUGGACGGAUAA